ACAAUGGAAGGACUGCAGAUCCUUGUGCUCCUCGUCCUUACCCAGAUAAGCCUCACCGGCUCCAGCCCUCCGCGUGAUCCGGUAGCCUGCAGCGACGGCACCUCCAACUGCACCAUCAGCAACGCAUACGGCUCCUUCCCGGACCGCAGCAUCUGCCACGCGGCCAGCGUCGCCUACCCGCGCAGCGAGCAGGAGCUCGUGGCGGCCGUGGCGGCCGCGGUGGCGGCCAAGCGUAAGGUGAAGGUCGCCACGAGGUCCUCUCACAGCUUCCCCAAGCUGGCCUGCCCGGGCGGCAGCGACGGAACCAUCGUCAGCACGCGGUGGCUCAACCGGACCGUGCGGAUCGACGCCGAGAAGCGGCUCAUGACGGUAGAGAGCGGCAUGCUCCUCAGGGACCUCAUCUACGCAGCCGCCGGGGCAGGGCUCGCGCUGCCUCACUCGCCAAUCUGGUACGGCCUCACCAUCGGCGGCGUCCUGGGCACCGGCGCCCACGGCAGCUCGUUAUGGGGCAAAGGUGGCGCCGUGCACGAGUACGUCGUGGGGCUGAGGAUUGUGACGCCAGCACCGGCGAGCCAGGGCUUCGCCACGGUGAGAGAGCUCGGCACAGGCCACCCGGACCUCGACGCGGCCAAGGUAUCGCUCGGAGUCCUCGGCGUCAUCUCUCAGGCUACGUGGCAACUGCAGCUACUGUUCAAGCGGUCGGUCUCAUACGUGAACCGCGUGGAUUCCGACCUGGCGGAGCAAGUGGCCGCGUGGUGUUACCUCCACGAGUUCGCCGACAUUCUGUGGCUGCCGCAGGACGGCAAGGUGGCCUACCGCCAGGACGACCGUGUCGACGCUUCGGCGCCGGGCAACGGCCUCAACGACAUGGUCAUCUUGCGGCCAUACUCAGUUGCCGAACUCGUCGCCGAAAGGGUCCAAGAGGAGCUCCUGGAGGCGAACGGCUCAGACGCCGCCCGGUGCUCGGCGGUGCAGACGGCGGUGGCGCAGAUGGAGAUGCAGGCCUACGGCCUGACCAACGACGGCGUCUCCUUCACGGGGUACCCAGUGGUAGGGUACCAGCACCGGAUCCAAGCGUCCGGGACAUGCCUCGACGGCACGGAGGACGACGUGCUCCAGUCCGUGUGCAUCUGGGACCCUCGCAUCCGGGGGCCCUUCUUCUACGACUCCAGCUUCAGCGUCCCGCUCUCCCGGGUAGCCGCGUUCGUCGCCGACGUGCAGAGGCUCCGGGACAUCAACCCACAGGCAUUCUGUGUGCUCGGAGCCGUGGGCGUGUGGAUGCGCUACGUCAGGGCCUCCACCGCCUACCUCGGGAAGCCGGAGGACUGCAUCGACAUCGACCUCCUUUACUACCGGAGCUACACGAGCGGCACGCCACGGGCGCACGCCGACGUGAUCGACGAGAUGGAGCAGAUGGGGCUGCUCAAGUACGGCGGCGUCCCGCACUGGGGCAAGAGCCGCAACUUCGCCUUCGACGGCGCCAUCGCCAGGUUCCCCAGGGCCAGCGAGUUCCUCAAGGUGAAGGACAGGUACGAUCCGGAGGGGAUAUUUUCGAGCGAGUGGAGCGAUCAGGUGCUGGGCGUCAAAGGAAGCCCAAGCAUAGUGGGGAAAGGCUGCGCCAUUGAAGGGCUCUGUGUCUGCUCCGAUGACUGGCACUGCGCGCCAGAGAAAGGCUACCUCUGCCGGCCGGGGAAGGUGUACACCGAAGCGAGGGUUUGCGCGUUCGUCGGCGACGAGCGCUCCAGCUUCGUUGACGUUCUCUGAAACGUCGUCCUAGCCAACGCUGCUUUCUUCUAGUGAUUCUUUGCAUGCAGGGAGAAUGACCUGCAUAUGUUGAGUCUUUAAUUUGGCUGUCUAGUAGAAGAUGGUUUAGGCCAGUCUUAGUGGGAGUGUCAUCGACACAGUUACCAAGACUGGAAACUUGAGAACUGUGCCGGUGGAUUGUUAUGGUGAUGACACUCCUCUUACAUUUUAGACACUCAUUCCUCCUCUCUCCUCAUACUAUGGUACAUGUUAGCAAAUUUAAUGUCUGUGAUACUCCUAUAAUACUCUCACUGAGAUUGGCCUUAUGGUCUGAACCUGUA